UCCGCUGUGACGUCAUAAACGCGAAAUUGUUACAAACACUCGAGAUUCGAGAAGUCCUUGGGGAAGGCAUCAGCAAGCUGAGAACUACGACCAAGACGUUUCGUCACUUCAAACGCAACUGGAAGUGCACAACACCAUGCCGUAUCUGCUUAUCAGCACACAGAUUCGAAUGGAGUGUGGUCCCACCAUUGUAGGGGAUGCGGAGUCGGACAGUGACUUGAUGGAGUACCUGGGAGCGACUCUGCAGCAGAUGCUAGGAAAUAACUUCAAAGAGUGGCGUACACCCAAGUCCCCCCGUGUUGUGCUGGACAUGUUGGAGAGGAGAGGCUGGAGAGUGGUCGGGAUGACGGGGAUCGGACAGACCUGCGCGUGGACGUUACACAAGCCGCUGGCACCACAGAAGAAACAAGGGAACCAAGAGAAGGCAGCUGCCAACGGGGAGCUUGCACCACAGAAACUAUCCGACAUGGACUUAUCAUGACAGGACUACUACUGACUACCUUUAUUACUGUAUCAUGUACUGUAGAUCCUUCAAUAUUAUGAAAUCAUGCACUUGCAGCCAGUGUUUGGCUCUGGUAAAACUUUGUUGUUUUGAUAAAUAGCAAGUGAUAGCAUAGCUGGAAAAAGUAUUCAUUGUCCUCCUUCCAUAGGAAAUUACCAACAGCAUUGUGGCAUAUGUUAACUGCAUGGGUGUAUGCUUAAAUUUAUUUCAGAAGUUACAGUAUAUUUCCAGUAUUUCCAGCACACGGGUGAUU